GUUUGCGCCACACUGGUAUUUUUGUGCUUUUUCUGUUUUGCAGGAUGGCAGAGGCUCCCAUGUCAUGUGACUGUUUUGUGUCCUUGCCCCCUGGCUCUCGCGAUCACCAUGUGAUUUUUUGGAAGAACUCCGACCGUCCCCGGGAUGAGGUGCUCAGAGGUGCCCACUACCCUGCAGCAUGUCCCUCUCCAGGCUCCAUGCUGGAGUGCACAUACAUCCAGAUCCCUCAGGUGGAGCACACCCACGCUGUUGUCCUCAGCAAACCAGCCUGGAUGUGGGGUGCUGAAAUGGGAGCCAAUGACCAAGGAGUCUGCAUCGGGAACGAGGCUGUCUGGACCCGAGAGCCUGUGUCCCCCGGGGAGUCUCUGCUGGGCAUGGACCUUGUCAGACUGGGGUUGGAGCGGGGUGACAGUGCCUGGGCGGCGCUGACCGUCAUCACCGACCUCCUGGAGCAGCAUGGCCAGGGGGGGCCAUGCAGGGAGGACCCCGAGCCCUUCAGCUACCACAACACCUUCCUCCUGGUGGACCGCAACCAGGCCUGGGUCCUGGAAACCGCUGGGAGACUGUGGGUGGCGCAGAAAGUUACAGAGGGUGUGAAGAACAUCUCCAACCAGCUGACCGUCGGUGCCGAGAUCUCGGCAGAGCAUCCGGAGCUGCGGAGCGUGGCCCAGGCUCAGGGCUGGUGGGACGGGGAGGAAGAGUUCAACUUCUCUCGGGUGUUCACCCCCGAAAACCCUCCUGCCAGGAUGGAGUUGGCCAAAAAGCGCUACAAGGGAGGCACCGAGCUACUCCAGCAACAUGACGGCUCAGUGACGGCAGCGGUGAUGAUGUCCAUUUUGAGGGACAAGCCCAGUGGCAUCUGCAUGGACUCUGGAGGUUUCUGCACCACAGGCAGCAUGGUGUCUGUCCUUCCCAGAGACUCCAGCCUGCCCUGCAUCCACUUCUUCACCGCCACCCCAGACCCCUCCAGGUCUAUAUUCAAGCCUUUCAUCUUCUCAGACUGUUCCGUCCCAGUGCCGAGAGUGGUUUCCCCGCAGUUUGGCCCAGACGACCCUGUCAGGAAGCAGCCUCGCUUUCAGAGCCAGGUGGACCGCAGACAUGACCUGUACAAGGCCCACCAGGUGGCGCUCAACACCAUGGAGACCAACCCGGACGAGGGUUUAGCCGUCUAUGAGAUUCUGAGGGACCUGGAGUCGCAGUGUCUGAGCGAGAUUUCAGCCAUGCUGAAUGGAGAGAUACCAGUAGAAGAAUUGGGGGUGUUUUUUGAUUCCGUGGACACAGAGAUCAAGUUCUACCAGUGAGCAGGUGGGAGGCUU